AUGCCUCUCCAAUUCGACCCGGAAUUUUUGAAGGUCUUCGAGCCACUUAUUCCCCUUCUAUCGGCUCGACCCAAACUUGCCGUACAAGAUAUUCGGCCCAGUCGCGAAGGUCGGGAAGCAGGGCUCGCCGUGUUUUUCAGGCGUCUUCCAGACUCACCAGAUGUGGAACAAACAGUGUAUCAUGCCGAUGCCCCUGAUGGUCACCAAGUUCCGGUUUACCACUUUGCGAAAAAGAGCGCUUCGUCGGAGCCAGGGCCAGGCAUUCUACAUUGCCACGGUGGCGGGAUGAUUCUAGGAUCAGUCCCAGUAUUCUCCAGAGCUAUAGCGCGCUUGGUGAGCGACAGCUCGGUUCCCAUCUUCAGCGUUGAUUAUCGUCUGGCUCCGGAGAAUAGUGGCACAACUCUCGUCGAAGACUGUUAUGCCAGUCUCGUUUGGUUGUAUCAGAAUGCACAGAGACUUAAUAUUGAUCCGGCAAGAAUCGCUGUCAUGGGAGAAAGUGCCGGGGGCGGUCUGGCUGCGGGCGUUGCCUUGAUAGCUCGAGAUAGAAACCUCCAGCCUCCUCUCGCCAAGCAGAUCCUCCGUUAUCCCAUGCUCGAUGACCAAAAUUCGACUGCGAAGGAGGCUAUUGAUCCCUUCACCAUGUGGAAGGUUGAAGACAAUGUUACGGCCUGGACAGCAGUCCUCGGAGACAAGGCGGGUAAACCGGAUGCCGACGUCUCUCCUUAUGCAGCCCCUGCACGAGCGAAGAGUGUGGCCGGCCUACCGCCAGCAUACAUUGAGGUCGGAACGCUAGACAUUUUCCGCGACGAGGAUAUUACAUAUGCGACGAGGCUAUUGGCAGAAAAUAUCUCAACCGAACUCCACCUAUAUCCCGGUCUGCCGCAUGGGUUUGAGAUGCUUGCACCGAAUAUACCGGCAUCGAAGAGGGCGCAUGAGAAUAGACUGAACGCGAUCCAGAGUUUCUGA